AUGAGAGAAGAAUGCCGCUACGUAUACUUGGACAUUGGAUCUAACAAAGGCGUACAGAUACGAAAACUAUUUGAACCAGCGUUAUACCCAGGAGCUAAGAUCAUCCCGUAUUUCAACGAACUGUUUGGAAAUGUUCAAGACAGGCGAAAAUACACUUGUGCAUUUGGAUUUGAGGCAAAUCCACGACAUUUUACAAGGUUGAAGUACAUCGAGAAUGCGUACAGACGAAAAGGGUUUCGAGUCACCUUUUACAAUAAUGCAGUUUGGAAUGAACAAAACCAAAACGUGACAAUUUACUCGGAGACUAAUUUUGACUUAGACUGGGGCGCAGGAGUCCUUGACGUCGCUAUCAAAGACAAAGAAGCCAUGGCUAGGUACGAAGUACCAACAGUUGAUAUUGUGCAAUUCAUCAACGAGAAAAUUAAACCACUUAAGCCCAAAUUAAUUUUUGUUAAGAUGGACAUAGAGGGAUCAGAGUACACAGUGUUACCUCACAUGAUCGAAAACAAAGUUUUGUGCAAAAACAUCGUAACCUGGAUUGUUGUUGAAAUGCAUGAAUGGGCAAAGGAGCAGAUGAAAUCCGAUCUGAACUUGGAGACAUUGAGACAGCGGAUGAUGACACAGAAAUGUGCGCCCACAGAUAUUGUGCCCCUUGAUGACGAAACAUACCUCAAUGACGUGAAAGUCGACCCUGCCGCUUAA